UAAUGGUAUCAUCGAUUACAUCAAUAUAUGACGUUGACUUUUUCAACAAUUUAUACGAUAAUAUCUGUUUAAUAGCUGAUAAAACUUGGGCAUUUAAUAAAGAAGACAAUUAUCGUAAAUUAAAUCAGCGUUUGUGGGUUCAGAAUUUUAAGUGGAUCGAAAAGUAUCACGAUAAAAAUUUACAACGGCGUGUACGUGACGUUAUUCCUGAUUCUUUGCUCGCACAAUAUGGUAACUAUGAGUAUAAUGAGGCUCGAGAGAAUUUAUAUAAAUCAAGCCAGGAAACAUCUAUAUUUCAUUGUGAAAAUUUACAUUCCACGAGUGAACCAACUGAACCAUGGAUGCUUGAUGAUGUUGAAAAAAUUUUCACCCAUAUUAUGACAAAAGAUGAAAAUAACAUAAAAUUUGCAAAAAAUAAUAACGACGAUUAUUAUUAUGAUAAAUGCUGUCCAUUACUUUAUACUAUUGAAAAUGCUGCUGAGUUAGAGUUACAAAUGCGUAUUGCGAAUGAUAACGUUAAAUGUGUAUGGAAGCCAACAAAGACAAUAAUGCAAAUAGCGUCUAAUCGUGAACAAGUAACACAAGGAUACGAUUGUUCACGUGCUAAUCAGCAUCAGCAGCUGCAUGAUAAUGAUCAUAAACAGUUGCCAAGUGAACGUUGUGUAAACGAUGACGAAUCGUGUAUUAACUCUUUACGGUAUCCUACGUGUUCAUUUUCUUCGGAAAUAAUAUCGAAAAAUCGAUAUGAAGAAAAAGAUUAUAAAGUAUUUCAGAAAUCAUCAUUGCCUUUACUGAGCCCAGAAGUACCAGAAUUUUUCCCUAAAGAAAUGGUAGUAGGGCCGACACGAUUAGAUAUUCGCUAUGAGUCAUCAGUUCCGAUCCAUUAUAUUCCAUUAUCAUCGUCGUCCGCUGAGAGAAAUUAUUAUCAUGAUAAAUUACUUCCCGUUAGCAGACCACAGCUGUCAAAUUUCAAUGCGAUAUUUCAAAAUCCGGGUAUUCAACUAGUAACGCCGCCUAUCAUGACCCCGCUGAUCAGGUCACCUCACCAAUGGAUUCCAAGAAUAGCUCCUCCUUUACAAAUUCAAAUUCCUGUUUGUUGUUCGAUAGUACCGCAUCAAAGUAUUACGUCACUACAAUCAAUUUGUCCAAUUAACCACCACCGACCAAUUCAAUUCAAUGAAAAAAUCGUACCAAUAGCAUCAUCAUCAAACCAAUUUAGUAGCCCGUCCGCAAUUCCGGUUUAUCAACAGCCACCAGAACUGUAUCAUCAUGAUUAUAAACGUAAAUCUCAGGGUGUUGAUUUUAAUAACUUGAUAUUGCUUACGAAAAACGCUAUGAAAGUAAGAAGAAAUCAGUCGAAAAAUCCUCAACAGAGUUCUAGUUUUAUAUUAGAAUCACGUCAGCCUAAUUUGAAAUCUGAAGAUGAUGUUCUGCAAUGGCUAAAUAUGGGCUACCCAAAAAGAGCCAAAGAAUUCGUAAAUAUAAAUUCGCUUGUUACUGAUAUACAACAAUUUAUUGUAAAAUCGGAUAGUGAUGAUAUUACUGAUAAUGAUACUAAUUUGUCGGAAUAUGAUGAAAAUGAUGAAUCAGCAACACGGAACCAAACUGAGGAUACUGAAUUAUGAAAAUAAGAUUUGCGUUAAUAAUUGUUAAGGUUUGUUAUA